UAUAUAUAACACUCUUUUUCUGUAUUUGAAUCAGAUUAGAGAAGCUUACAGGAGAACGAGUGGCUCAAGUUUUAUGCCCUUCGCAGGCUGCUGGGGAUUUCAUAACUGAAUAUGCAUCCUCCUCUAACUUUGCAUAAGCACCCGAUGUGUGCUGAAAUUAUUGAGGAGUUUCAGAAGUGUCAUCUAGACCAUCCUGUUGCAAAAUUUUUCGGUGAAUGCACAGAUCUCAAAAUCAAGCUCGAUCGGUGUUUCAGGCAGGAAAAAGCUCUCAAACGAAAGGCAAACUUUGAACAGAGUAAAAAAAUGAAGGAAAGGCUCGACGCUUUAAGAAAGGAAAACGCUUCGUGAAGUAGCUAGGGAGGGUAUGGCUUUCAUGGAAAAUGUUUCAAGAGGAAGCAUUUAACUAAUCAAACGACCAAGAUUGGGAAGACAUGUAAAUUCGUUACAGCUAUCAAGAAAUUUGUUGCCAGUUUCAAUGGUUGGAAACUUCACUCUGGACUGUGGAAGAGAUAGAAAUUGUAGUGUGAACACCAUACUUGUAGAUUGUGAAGAUGAUGAUGUUGAGCAAUACUGCAGUUUGGGUUCGGAAAUUCGAUAUUUAUGAGGCUGUUUAGAUGGGAAUAUGCUUUGGAUGUUUGAAAACUGGUCAUAGACUCAUAAUAUUAAUCAUGUUUAGUUGACAUAAUUGAUGAUUUACAGCAAUAAUUGUGAUGAGCCAAUGAGAAAUAUUUUCCCCCUUUUCGCA